AUGGUGAUAAUAAUUGUGUGCACCUAUGUGGUAUCGAUUGGUACAGUACCACCCUUCUCAACUGUGGCUUUCAAAGAGAACGCAGAAAGCGUUGCCCAGGUGAAAAAGAUUGAUCCUACCGUAGACCUCGGCGAGAACUUUGCCCUGGUUGAUUAUGGUACAGCAGCAAAGCUUUAUAUUCUUUAUAAAUGUGUGCAUACCAUAUUAUUGCUUCUCGUUAUGAUAAUGAUAGUUAAACACACCUCCAUGGUGUUACGAAAUCAAGCGAGAUUUAGUGAAGGGUCAAGGAAAAUGCACCAGGAAGCCAUUCGUGGAUUGACUGUCCAGACCAUUGCUGUUACACUGGCGGAGAUCGUUCCUGUUUUGAUGCUUUGUGUCAGCUUCUAUGUGAGGAAGAUCACGUUCGAAACCACCACCUCA